UUACAUGUUCAUCAUCUUUCAACUCUAUCUUCAACUCUCCCAAGUUCAAAAUAUUUUCCAUCCCUGAACUUUCUAUACAAGAAAAAGUGUGUUUGGCAAAAGAAGAAGAAGAAAAAAAAACUAAAGAUGGUGGGAAAGGAAGAUCUGGGUUUGAGUCUUAGCUUGAGUUUUCCCCAGAAUCACCACUCUCUACAGCUUAAUCUCGGGCCUUCUAUUGUUCAUUCCACUGCUAAUUCUUGCACUUCUCCUUCUGGUUUAACCCUAAGCAAAUCCUCAUGGAAUGAUUCUUCUUCUCCUUCAGAUCAUAACUCGGAAUCUUUCCGGGCCGAGGCUGGAUCAUUUUUCAGAGGAAUCGACAUCAACAUACUGCCAUCGACAGUCGAUUGUGAAGAAGAAGCUGGAGUUUCAUCUCCAAACAGCACGAUAUCGAGCUUGAGUGGAAAAAGGAGCGAGAGAGAAGGGAACGGUGAUGACCUCGAGAUCGGAAAAGCCUAUUCUCGUGGCAUCAGCGACGAAGAAGACGGCGACACUUCGAGAAAAAAGCUUAGGCUUUCUAAAGACCAGUCUGCUACUCUCGAGGAAAGCUUUAAAGAACACAGCACUCUCAACCCCGUAAGUCCUUGCUCAAAGAGAAACCUCUAUUUUCUCAGUAACCAAACACGAAUCACUUGGGUGAUGAACGAAUGGCUUUUACUAUAUUUGCAGAAGCAAAAAUUAGCAUUGGCUAAGCACCUUGGAUUACGACCCAGACAAGUCGAGGUGUGGUUUCAAAACAGAAGGGCAAGGACCAAGCUGAAGCAAACGGAGGUUGAUUGCGAGUUCCUUAAGAGAUGCUGUGAAAAUCUAACGGAGGAGAACCGACGGUUGCAGAAGGAAGUCCAGGAGCUGAGAGCACUGAAACUUUCCUCCACGCAGUUCUACAUGCAAAUGACCCCACCAACCACCCUCACCAUGUGCACAUCAUGUGAGAGGGUGGCGGUCCCACGCAACCCGCCAUCCACCGCCGUCGAUCCACGGUCCCAAUACAGACCCAUACACGUCAAUCCUUGGGCCCCGGCCGUUCCUCACCCGUUCGACGCCCAUGCAAGGGCAUUUCGGUAAACGUGAAAGGACUCGUGAUGUUGGGUCUAAAAGAUAUGGUGGUUAGAAUGUGGAUUUUGGUGGGUCUUUCAUGUUUUGUAUUGUCGGCCCAACCAAGCUUUUGACAUAUUUAAUUAGUUUAAUUUAAUAUU